GCUUAGCUUGCAGUAGCUGCGCUGGACGUCGCAAAUUGUUCCAUACGGAUGGAAGUCGAUGCGAGCCAAUGGUCGCCAUUGGCGAGCCGAAGCUGGGUAAGUUUCGGCUUCCACGGCCUCUUGCAACAGAAUUUUCUACACUCCCCUCUCGACAAAGUUCUUCUUGAAAGUCUUCACUUACUCGCAUACACGCACGCACGAUGGCCGCUCUGCAGAAGUCUUUCCUGGGCAACAAGGCCGGCUUCAAGUCGGCUGUGCGCGGCUCGGCCUCGCGCCAGAGCAGCGUCGCCGUGAGCGCCCUGUUCCAGAAGACCAAGGCUACCCCCAAGUCCGCCUACGUGUGCCUGGACUGCGGCUACCUGUACGAUGAGCCCACUCCCUUCGAGGAGGUCAAGGCAUACGUGUGCCCCGUGUGCAACGCCCCCAAGCGCCGCUUCAAGGAGCUGCGCGGCAACAAGCUGACCCGCAACGACCCCAAGUCCAUGGUCACGCGCAAGGAGGCCCUGCGUGCCCAGGUGGAGGCCGACGGCGGCAACCCCGACGAGGGCCAGAACGAGUUCCUGAUCUUCUCUGGCCUCACCGCUGUGGCGGCGCUGGCCUUCCUGGCCUACCUGAACAUGCCCAAGUAAACUCCCAACUCCUAACCUACAACUGUUGUGUACCUGAUGUGCACGACCUCCUGGUGUCGCACGAGCCAUCAGGGGCAGUGACGGCCACGAGGCGGCGUGUUUGGGCGUUGGACAAGCGUUGCGAAUUUGCGGGGAGCGGCGGCUGACGCCGCGUGUGGUCUCGUUGGGUGUGGGCUCAGGCGGCGAGCACAGGAAGAUGGGAAGUGGCAUUGCACAGAUGGCUAGCGGCCUGUGCUCGAGCGCGCGGAUCGCGCACUGAGCGCGAGGUGAGGUCCUUUGCGGCGUGUGUGCUAGGAAAGCUCGGAGUGGGUCGGAUUAUUUAUCGGCAGGGCAGCCCGCCCCCGGCUAGCGCCGCCUUCAGCGCAGAUACAGCUGAGGGGCGCAAAAUUGAGCGCUUCUCGGCUUCAUGCCGGGUGGCAGGCGCUCUGCCGCGCUGGCGUCGAGCAUCUGUGGUGGCAUCCGCUUUGGAGGCGAGCUGCAGAUGCGAGGCCGUUCCAGCAGCCGCACACUUGGACAGGGUGCGGCGCCCUGGGUGCUUUCGCAUUUUUCAGGCGCGAAGCACCGGAAGGGACCAAACUGGACGGAUUAAGGAGGUUCUGGAGUGAGAGUGAGAGAGCGUUCAUAGCGAGUGGAGUGUGCGUGAGAGCCGGGAUAAGACAGCAGGGAGUUCCUAACAAAGAAAUGGCUACGAUGAGAGGCAGGGGCAGAGGCCACCCCUGACGAGAGGCCAGUGAGAACCUGGUGCACAUUUUGUCAGCGUGUGUGAGGUUCCGCUGCACGAGCACUUUGAAGAAGAGAGCGGUUCUUGUAAAUACGCGGGGCCCCGAUGCCC